GAAAUACUCCAAGAUCCAGUUACAAUGCACCCAUUGGUAACAGUCAACUUGUAUUGGAUGAUUGGGGUAUAGCGAGCAAUUCAUCUGCUGCACCGCCUGUUACAACAGUUGCUAGUAGUUCAACUGCUGGUAUUCCUGCGACCGAUGAUUGGGGAUCAGCUGCCGAUGCCUGGUCAUCUGUUAAUGCCGCGAAAUCUACCACACCACAAGGAAAUAGUACCGCUGCAAAUUCUGGAGUUGGCAGACGAUACCCCAGUCCCUGUUAUGGAAACAAAGACGGGCAAAGUUUGUGUGGCCCUUCUGCUCUCAAAGUAGCUAAUGUGGAGCAUAUUGGCUCAAAGAAAAUUCUGCGUAUGCAAUCGUGAAACAAGAAUCUCUACUGGCAUCCCUAACGGCUUCAGCUUCAUCCUUGCAAAUUCCGGGAAGUGGUACAGAAGAUGCAAGAGUCUAAUAAUCAACUUAGAGAAGCGCUGCAGCGGGAGACCAACAAGCCGGUGGGGGAACCUCCCGAGGUCAUUGAUUACCAAAAGAUGUUUACUGAAACCAAAACUUUCUCAAAGACGAUCGAUCUGGAGCUGCGCAAGCUCGACGUUCAGCAGGCUUUACAACACGUGUCUUAUCUCUGCACGUACAUGCCAGACUCAUUCAUGGCCCGUGGAGGGGACUAUCACAGCGUGCAGCAAUUUCUCUUGAUGUCUAGACGGCUCUUCAAAUGCGACAUGCUUACCGCUCAAGUGAAAGAGAAGUUUCCCGGCUCGGCUGGGGAUUUGUCAAACACUCUCAAAUCUCCUGCGGCUGACCUGCUGACCAGUGCAUCUUUGGAGCCAGGAUGCUUCAUUGGCUCUUUUCACUCUAGGGAGUCGGUCACCAGUUCUCGUACGCGCUGAACAGCUGUUCCCGCAGCAGUUUCUCGAGAUGAGAACGCUUCAUUAUCAGGAGAUGCUGCAACAAGAGAAAGCCAUCGAUUUUUACGUGGAACUCUUGCGUAAAGAUCAGCUGGAUGAAAAUGUCCAGUUGGAUGCAUUGGAGAAGGUGGUCAAUUAUUUCAACAGCAUCUACGCCGUCCAGUUCAGCUCGGUCGUUAACGGUGCCGCUUUACUGACCGACCAUGGCAAAGUCCUGCUCGCCUCCUGCUGCGGAUUGACAGCUCUGGGUCCUCUCGGGGCGUUCAGGCAAUGAUUCAGGUUGGUUCUGUUAUUUUGUUUGUUUACAUGAAAUUCCGGUGAGCAAAAAAGAAAAUAUUUUUUGAAGGAAGCGACGUGGCGAAAUCCAUCAAGAAAGUUCUCAGUCAAGCAAACCAAUGGCAGCAAUACGCCCGUACUAUUAAGCGACGGUUGCCUCUGCUGAUUAUGCUAGGAAAUUGCCACUUAAUAUUCAACCCCCCCCCCUUCCUCCCCCCGAAAAAAGGAAUUAUAAAUUAACGGCUGUGUUAACACAACUAGAAUCGUUGUUUUCUUUCCGAAAAAGAAUACUCACCAUUAUUCCUCCCCCAUCACACAUAUAUAAUGUAGUCAUGUACAAACCAAAAACAUUCACUCCUCCCGGCCAUUUUUCUCUUUCCUUCUCUCUUUGGUCAGAUGUUAUAAUUAAUUAUGUGUGUUUAUAUUCUUAAUAUAAUUUCACACCUUCAUUGCCAAUUCAAGGAGUGGAGGUCCCUCCCUCAUCGUCAAAUCCUAACACGUACCUGAUUUCAUUUGAUAAAAUUUUUUUUCGUCUCUUCCUUUCUCUUGCCAUGUCGUGAUUGAUUAAUUUUUUUUAUAUAGGGAAGAAGAAAAAACAACCUUUCACUUUUUCGGACAUUCUGUAGGAUAAUAAAAUUAAUACAAUGUAAAAAAAAAUCAUUAAAAAAAUCAU